AUGGAAACAUCCAUCUCUGGAUUGCAAGCUAAGUUAAAGAAGUUGGAGAAGACUCACAUCUGCAACAACUACUUCCCAACAAACCGAGGAAACCUUCUUGUUUCUGGGUUUUGGUUGAACAAUUUUGGAGGCCGCCACCUCUCCACCGCCGAACCCACUCACCCACCACCACCUCAAGCACCAACAUCACCACCACCACCACUUUCUUUCAACCCAUCAUUCGUUACCCAAGUAGUCACUCUCCUCCAAACCACCGACACCAAUGACUGGACCUCCAACACCACUCUUCACAAACUCCUGUUUCUCUCUCCUCAAUCACUGUCUCCUCUCUCCCUCCUCCGCAUCACCCGUGGCUUGGGCUCAACCGCCAAAGCCCUCCAAUUUUUCCACUAUAUUCGCACAACCUCACCGUCCCCACCGGACCCUCUUCCUCUUUCCUCCACUUUCCAGGCCAUUUUCGAGCUGGCAAGUCGAGAACAACCCGAAUCAGCCACCAAGCUCUAUGAACUUUUCACCAGCUCAAGAGAUCAAAGCAUUCCUCUUUCAAUCAAUUCUGCAACCCUUCUUAUACAAUUCUUUGGGCGGGCCGGAAUGGUUGAAAAAUCGCUUAUUGUAUACGAAGAACUUGACCCAGAUAGAAGAAAUAUCCAUAAGUCGGAGUGUCCGCCGAAUGAGAGGACAAUGGAUAUUGUUUUGGCCGGGUUGUUGAAGAGGAAUUGGAGUGGGAGGAGAGUGAGUGAGGAGGAGAUUGUUGGUUUGGUUUUGAAAUUAGGGGAACAUUGUGUGUUUCCUAAUAAUGUGUGGUUAAGUCAAUUAAUUACUAGGUUGUGUAGGAGUGGUAAGAGUAAUAAGGCUUGGGAGUUUUUGCACGAUGUGAGGAGGUUGGGUGGUUCUGUGGAAGCUGCCUCUUGCAAUGCCCUUUUGACAGGUUUGGGUAGAGAGCAUGAUUAUGUGAGGAUGAAUAUGCUUUUGAAAGAGAUGAAGGAACAGAAAAUUCAGCCGGAUGUUGUAACGUUUGGAAUUCUAAUUAAUUAUUUGUGUAAGCUCCGUAGGGUUGAUGAGGCAUUGGAGGUAUUCAAGAAGAUGAGAGGCAAUGAAAAUGAUGAAAUUUCCGUUGAACCGGAUGUUGUGCAUUAUAAUACUUUGAUUGAUGGAUUAUGCAAAGUUGGGAGGCAAGAAGAAGGCUUGGGUUUACUGGAACAGAUGAAAUCACGACAUGAAAGUGCACCUAAUAUUGUUACCUACAAUUGCUUGAUUGAUGGUUUUUGCAAAGCUGGUGAAAUUGAGAGGUCCCAUGAGCUUUUGGAUCAGAUGUACAAAGAGGGGUUGAUGCCAAAUGUGAUUACACUUAAUACUUUGGUUGAUGGCAUGUGUAAGCAUGGGAGAAUCAAUAGUGCAAUGGAUUUCCUUAAUCAAAUGCGGCAAAAGGGUCUGAAAACUAAUGCAAUUACUUACACUGUCUUGAUUAGUGCUUUCUGCAAUGCCAACAAUAUUGAUAAGGCUAUGGCAUUAUUUGAUGAAAUGUUAAAAACCGGGUGUUCUCCAAUUGCAAUUGUGUACUACUGCUUAAUCUCUGGUCUAAGCCAGGCUGGAAAGGUGGAUGAUGCUAGCUCUGUGGCAUCAAUGAUGAAGAAAGUCGGGUUCGGCUUAGAUAUUGUAAGCUACAAUGUUCUGAUUAGUGGGUUCUGCAGGAAGAAUAGAUUGGAGAAAGCUUAUGAGAUGCUUAAGGAUUUGGAGGAAGCUGGAGUGAAGCCUGAUAGUGUUACAUACAACACUUUGAUUUCAUAUUUCAGUGAAACUGGAGAUUUUAGGACAGCCCAUACAUUGAUGAGGCGGAUGGUUAAAGAUGGUCUUGUGCCCACCGUUGUUACUUAUGGAACACUGAUUCAUGCAUAUUGCUUGGUGGGCAAUCUUGACGAAGCAAUGAAAAUUUUUACAGACAUGAGUUCUGCAUCAAGGGUAUCACCCAAUACCGUUAUAUAUAAUAAUCUGAUAGACUCUCUCUGCAAGAAUAAGAAAGUAGAAGUUGCUCUUUCCCUAAUGGAUGAUAUGAAAGCCAAGGGAGUGAAGCCAAAUACCAACACAUACAAUGCCAUGUUCAAAGGCCUUCAGGAGAUAAACUGGUUGGAGAAAGCACUCCGACUUAUGGAUCAAAUGACUGAACAGGCUUGUAAUCCCAAUUAUAUUACCAUGGAAGUUCUUACGGAUUGGCUUUCUGCUGUGAACGCAACAGAAAAAUUAAGAAAUUUUGUGCAAGGGUAUGAAGUGUCUACUUCAAUUGCAUAGUGGUUGCUAGAAAGAGAGGUUAAGAUUCUUACUUCAGUUGUACCAGUUGGCUAUCUACCUUCAGUCAUUUCAGUAUUUGAUGUUAUUGUGGCUAAUUUGUUUGAAGCACAUUGACUAAAUCAUAUGCUUCGAAAGAAUGUCCACAGUGUCCAUCUUCUCACAAGAGUGAGCACAGUAAGGCAGCAUCACCUGGGACUGUAGGUGAAUUGCUACAGAUAAUCUUAUCUGUUUAACUGUUAAGUUGUGUUGUUGACAGUUUUGUACAAGUUCCUAUGAAUUAUAUGUUUAGCUAUGAAAAUUCAACAAAAUUCGGUAAAAUAUACAGG